AAUUGUUACCGGCAAUUUUUUUACGUAAAAAUAGAGUAUGUACUGUGAAAAUGUCAGGUUUAACACAUUGGACGAAUCUACCGAAAGAUAUAAAGCCAGAUUUCGUUUCGCACAGUGGAGAUUAUGAUUUUCCAUUGUACCUUUCUGAGAAGGAAGAAUGGGUGAAUUUCAAAAAUUUUAAAGGUUCUGUGUCGAUACACGAACCGUUCUUAAUAAUGGAAUUGAACAGACUUGUGCCUUUCUUUGAAGAUAAUUGUGUGAAAUUUCAUCCUCUCAAUAUGCCCAAUAUUAAAUUAGGUAAAAUUGAGAUAGUAGGAUUCGUUGUGACUGUUAAGGAGGAUGCAAAAUAUUAUCAAUACCAGGUUGACGAUGGUACAGGAUCCGUUACUGUUUAUUUUGAGAGAAAGUUUUUCGAUGCACAAAAGCUUGAAAGACGAACGAUCGAUGAAAAGUAUCAUAAAAUUGCGAGAAAUAUGAAUAUCGAAUCACUGAAUAAUCAAGAAUGCCCAAAAGUCUUUCCUAACCCGCGUCCACAGUUUAGUUAUCCUCCUGAUACAAGUAUGCAUGAAAUGGCAAUUGUUGAACAUAACUGGUUCUUAGAAACCAAACAUGGUUUAUUGGGCAAGAAUGUGGAACGUAGCAAGUAUGUGCACGCGGUAGGAUAUUGUGCACUUGAUUUCAUGUUUGGUCACAGGCCAGAAAAUGAUUUUACAUUUCUAGACAUAUCGACUGUUAAGUUAUAUUUUCUUGCAAACAAAGUAAUAUGCAUAGAUGAAUGGGAUUAUAAUGCAAAAUUGUAUUCGUGGUUGUUCACUGUUGUUCGAAAAAGGUACGAUGAACAUCCAGAUAGACCAGAAUUUCCCCUGGAGAAGAAAAAUGUAAAGGUACCUAUAUAAAUAAGGGUUUAUGUAAAAAA